AAUCAUUCAAAAGAUACGCUGCGGAAGAUUGGCCAGCGAGUCUGUACCAAUCACUGUGCCUCCACCUGGACGUAACAAUUCUUACUAACAUGAAGGAGCACAGCUCUGCCUUCUUUCAUUUACUGUGUUGUCAGUCCUGCCUUGAAUCCGACAUUUGGGACCUUACAAACUGGGUCGUGCUGUGAUUCUAUGCCAGACGAAUCCAGUGUAGUGCGUUGAAACAUCUGGAUAGUGAUUAUUUUACUUUGAACUUUGAAGUUACUGCUGAUUAUUCAGUAUUUGUACUAGAAAUAUAAAACGUAGCACAUGACAGGCGUGUUAAGGAAGCGAUUGAGCUUUUGAUUAUGAUGGUCGGUGCACGUUUAUGGUGCAUUUUGGCUUCAUAGUAGCAUCAAAUUUGUUCAUAAUUUCUGCAGACAAAAUACAGAGGUGGCAGACGAAACACAGAGUUGGCUGACAGCACAGAGGUGGCAGCACUAUUGUUUGACUCUUGAACGAAAAUUUCACGACAUGAAGCGCUUGCAAAAAAGUGUCUAAGUGAUUGGCACCAGUUUCUAUGUGAGCCUCGCCCAAUAUGGAGUGAUUCUGAAAUCGGGAUGUCUGUUUCAGCUUUGAGCGACUCAUCUCCGCCCUAUGAGUAUGCGUUGCGUGUUCACUGUUUGUGAUUGAUACACAUAACCAAGUACCCAAUGGCAGGUCUCUGUUUACAACAAGUUUGUUGAAAGGACAAUGUGAUGUUGGGGCUAAUUGUAUCCCUAAUCACAGCAAUUGAAGUGAUUCUUUUUGCGUAAUCCGAAGGGUAGAGUAUUGGAUCGUAGUAAAGAUAAAUUGCGGUGUGGGUUCAUGGUGGGGACUAACAAUCUGCUUACGUGCAAGUUUGAGUGUGCUGGCAUCUGUAUCACUUCUUUGUGCCAAGCAUCUUUUUUGCUUUGGCACGGGCUUCCUCCUCAGUGAACAUUUCCUGAGAGAGUAUCGUGGGUGCUUAAGUGGGGUCGUGAGGUUGUUUCCUGGUCUCCACUGCCAUUGUUGCACCGUGGUGGGGAACAAGGGAGGUUUAGUGGAUGGGGGGGCCGUGGAGAAACGAAAGCUAGUUCAGGAAUCAAACAAGAAACAAAGGGACACAGCGCGGUUAUUUGCGAUGACUCCUCCUGCGAUCAUUAGUUACCAAUCUGUGGUGGAGGGCAACAAGGAUCUGGAUCCUACAAGUUAUCCUCUUGAGAAUUUUACGCUGUACGAGACACGAGCGAAAUACUAUCUUGUCGGAAGGGACAAAAUGAAACAGCACUGGCAGGUGCUAAAGAUUGAUCGCACUGAAGUCGCGGAGCUUAACGUGGUUGAAGAUCCCUUGAUAUACACGGAAGCUGAGUGCAAGACGCUCCUCUCGUGUAUUGCAGAGGGUAAUAAACCAACUGGUGGGCUUCAAUUUGUUACGAAAUGUUAUGGCAUCAUCGGAUUUAUCAAGUUUACCGAGUCUUAUUACAUGAUUUUGGUCACCAAGCGACGGCAGAUUGGAAUAGUAUGUGGCCAUAAGAUAUAUAGCAUUGAGGAGAGCCAGCUCAUAACUGUGCCACACCCGACUGUGCAGACUGAAGUUUCUCAUUCAAAGGUGGAACUCAGGUACAAGAAGUUGCUAAUAGGAGUGGACCUCACCAAAGACUUCUACUUCAGUUAUACUUACCGCAUUAUGCAAACUAUGCAAACAAAUGUCAAGUCACUAGACGACGACCAGAUGCCAUAUGAUAAUAUGUUUGUGUGGAAUGCGUUUCUCACAAGCGGCAUCCGACAAUCGUUAGGAAAUACUCGGUGGACUGUGGCCCUGGUUCAUGGCUUUUUUCAGCAGGAAAAGCUUUCCGUUUUUGGUCGUAUUUUUGUCAUUACUCUUGUUGGAAGACGGUCUCGACACUUCGCCGGGACAAGGUACUUGAAGAGAGGUCUGAACGACAAAGGCCGGGUGGCAAACGAUGUAGAGACGGAGCAGCUAGUUAUGAACGAGGAGACGGGAAUUGGCCGAAGUACUGUACAAAUUAGUUCGGUUGUGCAACAUCGGGGCUCUAUUCCUCUCUUUUGGUCCCAAGAAAUGUCCCGACUUAGUCCCAAGCCUGAUAUUGUAUUGCAAAGAUUUGAUCCAACUUAUCACACUACAAAGCUCCACUUUGAAGAUCUGUCAAAGAGAUACGGCGAUCCAAUUAUAAUCUUAAGUCUUAUCAAGACAGUUGAGAAACGACCACGGGAAAUGAUGUUGCGACGGGAAUUCGCGAAUGCUGUUGGGUACCUGAAUCAAACAUAUCCCGAAGAGAAUCAGCUAAAAUUUAUCCACUGGGAUUUUCACAAGUUUGCUAAAAGUGGCAGUAAAUCGGCCAACGUAUUGGCAGUGCUUGGAAGUGUAGCAGCCGAUGUCCUGGACCUCACUGGCUUCUACUACGGUGGCAAAGCACUUCUUCCUAAAAGGAAAUUGCAACAGAGUUUCAUAUCCACUACUCCAGCAUUACCAGCAGGUAGAAAAUCCCCAUCGAGAGACCGAACCUCAUUACUAGAUUUGUCAAUGGAUCGUCGCUUGGCUUUAGACCUGGGAAACCGGCAGUUAUGUAUGGACUUGGGCUCUUUGUAUACUACCACAGUAAGUAGUAUGAAUAGUAGACUUGUAAGCGUACAAGAAGUUGAGAAAAUAAAUUCUAAGGUGGACAAGGUGCGAGAACCUCAAUACCAAAAUGGUGUCUUGAGGACAAACUGCAUCGACUGCCUUGAUCGCACUAAUGUUGCACAAUAUGCUUUUGGCCUCGAAGCUUUGGGACGUCAGCUUCAAGCUGUUGGUCUUACAGACAGUUCCAAGAUAGACCCUGACAGUGGGGUUGCAGCUGCUUUGAUGGAUAUGUAUCAAAACAUGGGGGACUCUCUAGCGCUUCAGUACGGGGGAUCUGAGGCUCACAAUUAUGUAUUUCCGGAGAGGCAAGGCAAAUGGAAAGCCACCACUCAGUCGCAAGAGUUUCUCAAGUCCAUCAGACGAUAUUAUAGCAAUACUAUCACAGAUGGCGAGAAGCAGGAUGCCAUGAAUUUGUUCUUAGGCCACUUUCAGCCUCAAAAGGGAAAGCCUGCUCUCUGGGAGCUGGAGACUGAUUAUUAUUUACAUGCUGGCGGUCGAGAAGAAGAAGCAUUUCUUGAGCACAAAAAACCAGGAAAAGACAGUAAGAAGCCAUCGCUUAGCUUCCAAAAACCACGAAACAGCAAGCUGUUUUCUGCAUCUCCAUAUGAAGAAGAUUUUCACCGCCAAAAGCUGACAUCAUUUGAUAAGCUUCAGGCAACUUGUGGAUCUGCCAAGAGUGUGCGCAUGUAUGGAGAUUCUGGGUUUAAGAGGAGCGCAGCCACUGGAGUUGCAAGUGAUGCCGCGGAAGUGCAGUUAAAAACUCCGAACUGGCUGUAUGGCCAAAAAAGGUCAGGCGAUAAUAAUGUAGCAAAAUCAGAUGCUGAAAUAAGCUUACAGGCCCAUGCAACGAAGCUUAAAGAAAACAAUAAAGAACUAGAGGAUAUGAAUUGGUUAACAGCACAAAUCCCUCGUGUGGAGGAAGAGCUUUUUACCAGGUAUAUUUCAAGUAUAGGAAUCAAUGAAGACGAUUCGUGGUAUGGAACCAGGAUCCUUCCUGGUACUGUAAACGAAAGCGAAGCCAACCGACACUACCUGGAGUGCUGCAAGGGACCACUACAAGAUUUCGAGGAUUUGACGAGGAUUAAAGGAAGAGAGUCGUUUUAUCCUCUUUCUGAGCUGAUUCAAUUGGAGGACGAGGAUAUUGUGAGACAUGCAAUGGAAGCUGCUUUGAGCGAAGGCAACAACAUUGGUAGCAGUGAUUUGUUGGACAAUCAUAUGUCUUCAGAUUCGACCGCGCUUGAUUCGUCUUGUAAUUUUUUUGAAUGGCUUCGACAGGAUAAACAACUAUGCCAAGUGUUGUCAUGAGCUAACGAUCUGCACCUGAUCAUGGUAAUCUACUUCGUGCAACAUCUGCAACGUAGUGGAUUCAGAGGAUCAAAUUUCGAAGGUAAUUUGAGGUAUGAGAUGGCAUCAGUUGUGGCGAUUGUAAUGUAUGGAGUGUAAGUAUCUGCUAGAAACGUUGUUGGGAACGGCUUGUCAGAGAAAGGGAGAAAAUCUUCACCAACUUUAGUUGAGCUUUUGCUUCACAGCAGCAUCAUGACCUAAAAUUUGACAAUGUGAGAAAAAAAUUUAUUAGAUAAAUGCUGCAGAAGCUCAACCGUCUGCACAAUUGACACUAAUCCCAAGGAGAGUGUGAAGUAUGGAAGUUGUGAAGAAGUCUAGAUUCUAAGAUCAUCCCAUAAGGUUUGAGGAAAUCUGGUUCCCAACUGAGUGUCGUGAGGAUCUCAGAUAAGGUUGACAAUGAGCACACGAGACAGUAUCAGAUGUAUGUAGUUGAUACAUAGUAGACUUUGAAGGCAAUUGUAACAACAUAAAAUAUUUUCAUCGUAUAAAAUAUGUACAUUAUUUACAUACAAUUGACUAUUCUUCAAGGUCAGUGUAUGAUAUUCAAUUGAAACUUGAAGAGCUGGGGUUCCAUUCAA